AUAAAUUUGAUGAAUUUGAAGAAGAUAUUGAUGAGCUUGGUGAAUUUGAUGAAUCAGAAGACAUUGACGACUUUGUUGAAUCUGAUGAAAAAUUCAAAACAAUUAGAGAAUUUAGAGAGGCUGAUAUGAUGAUUCCUGAAUUAUCUAUUGCAUUGAAAGAAUGCCCUGAUGUAAUAUACACCAGUAAAUUUAUCAAUACACAUGAAAUUUCACAACGUUUCGAGGAAAAAAGCGACCCUGCCUUUAAUGAUUUAAAAAUUCCGGAUUCGAUGUAUGUGAAUAUUUACAAUUUGUUUACCGCAAUUGAUUUAUAG